CGAAACGGAAAGCGGCGGACAGAGGCGGAAAACGGCGGAAGGAGGGGGAAGGAGGGGGAAGGCGGCGGAAGGAGGCGGAAGGAGUAGUGGCGAUGGGAAAUGAUGGAUGGGGAGAGAGGAUUCUAGAAAGGAGUGAAGGAUAAGGAAAGUAGGGAGGGCGGUUUGGAGGCGGGGGGGGUAAGGGGGAAAAAAGAUAGGUAGGGAGGAAAAGCGGGCGGAGAGGAGGUGAAAGGGAGAGGAGAACCGAGAGAGGAGACGAGGUGUUGCCGCCGGAGAGAGGAGGGCUGGAGGAGGACAGGGAGAAGGAAAGAGGGAGGGUACGGUGCGAGGCAGGAAGGCUGGGAGAGAGAGCAAAGGAAGGAGGGAGGGAGGGAGGGAGGGAGGGAGGGAGGGAGGGAGGAGGAGCCAGGGCGGAUAGCAGGUAGGUAGGUCAGGCAGGCGAAACCAUGGCAUCUGCGUAUGGAGCGAGCAUGUCCACAGGCGCGGCGAGGUUGUUCGCGGGCGCAAUGCGAGCUCCGCCGUCCCGAUUGUCCUGGUCGGCGUCCAUGUGUCCAAUCGGUCGUUGGUUGGACCGACCGGCGGUCCUUGCGCCGAUGUCAGCGCAGCAGCCUGCGCAGCUGUUGAGUGUACGGUCGGCAUGGACGCGGCGGUCCGCCGCGGAGAAGAAGGCGCAGAGUCAAAAGAACCAGGCGAAGAAGUCGUGGGGACAAAGGACCGAGAAAUACCUCAAGCCGUUCAUGAUGGAUGUCUUUAUUUCAAAUCGGUACAUUCAUGCGAAGAUCGUCCAUAGAGUGACAAGCAGGGUGGUAGCCGUGGCCACGACCAACGCCAAGGACCUGAGGAACUCGCUGCAGUCUCUGUGCGAUUACAAUGCCUGCAGAGUGGUUGGGCAGCUGCUAGCAGAGCGCGCCAAAGAGGCGGACAUUUACGCCGUAGUCUUCGAGCUGAGAGCGGGGGAGAAGUACGAUGGCAAGCUGGCGGAAGUGGUGGACACCUUUGCAAAAAAUGGGAUUUCUCUCAUAUGAAGAUUCUGUUUGGCUCAUAUUUGCAGACGUAGGGAGUGUCUCAAUCACAGCUGGAUCCAAUCACGACUGCUCAGGAACAUGGUGACAUGUUAUUUCUGAAGAGAGAUGAUUCGGUGAAACAAAGGGUGGAAUCCCGUCUGUAGUCGCAAUUUUACCGCAGCCGAGCAAUCUGGGAUUCUAGUGGACACGAGGACAACCAUCCGAGUUAUUUAUAGACACAAGGAGGGCUAUCAUGCAAGUGAGCUGUGAGAAAUGCACCGCACAAGGAUGACAGCUCCUUAUACGGACGAACCGGGACGGUACUGUUUCGGUCAGAAAGACAGCGCUCUCUUGUGCAAGUAACGUGGGGCAAGGGGCAGUCUUCAUCAUGCGAGCAGGAAUGCAGAUAUGGUCCGGUACACAAGUGAGCGCAGUAGUUGCGGUGCAGCAUCUCAGCCUGCGCUUCUGGGCCCAAUUGGGGCUCAAGGGAAUACCAGGCGGUGGGUGGUACACUCUUCGAAGAGCUCCGGGGGCGUUCCGGUCGGCACCAAGUGGCCAUUUUUUUGCAGUGGGUCUAGAAUGCCAAUGCUAUGGAUUGCUAAAAAGAAAAACCAAAGAAGAAUGGCGCUCGGUUGUGGGAGGCGGAGAUGGUUGGUACAGUCCCAAGAGGGUCCCUCUGCCGAACCCAGUUGGCCUGCUUGGGACCAGGGUUUGGUACACACUGCACAGUCUAGGUAUGGGUAUGGGACUCAGCUCGUGCGAGUGUUGUCAGGAGGACACUGCUUGAGUGCCCCUCGUCGGUUCCAGCUGGUAUCAAGUGGAACCACCCUUGGUGGUAUCGGGUGGGACCGUGGGACCAUCCUAGCUGGUACGCAUGCAGGGACAACGGCGUUUGCCGGACCACCAAAUGAAUCACCAAGAGGAAAUUGAGGGUUGGUCCCUCCCUGUUGAUGCAGUUGUCUCUAGUACUAAGCUUUUGCGAAGACCCUUCCUUGCCAUGUCAGGUGAAGUGUCCUCGUGAUGAACUCGGGACAUCAGGCGGACACUUCGCGAAACGUCGGUGUCCCAACCCGGGUUGAUGCACUUGGUGAAUGAUUAGUGAAUGGAUCGACCCGGGUUGGGACACCGACGUUUCGCGAACGCCAUCGAAGUUACCCUGGUUAUAAAUGUAUACAACCCACCGCGCUGGCUGGAUACGGUCAGGAUGACGGUGGGUUGUGUUUGGGAGAAGACGGUAGGUGGGCCCGGGUGGCGUGCCUGCGGGGUUGAACGCCCACCUCUGUGCCACCAUCCCGCAAUGUUGGGGGGGCUUGUUUGUGCGACACUGGGAAUGGGAGCUCCCCCUCCCACCCUCCCCAGCCCCCCGCGUUUCCCGAGCUCUCACCCGCCAACCUGCCUGGAUUUCGAAAUGGGAUGGUUGUCCUCCUUGCAAGAGUGAUUGAGUUGGCUUCCUAUUCCUGGCCCAUUCUUUUCCGGGGCAAACGUCCUGGAUGUCAGCAGGGAACGCUCUCGCCCGGCGCUAAGUAGUGUUAGCACACCUGCGUGC